CCCCCGCGGCUGCAGUGGUCUGUCCCGCCGGUGUCGCAUCGCAGAUGGCAGCCGGAGUAAACAAAUUAUAAAUAUUACAUGUGGUCCAUCGAUCCCGCCUCCCGGCUGCAACAGGCGCGCGACACCGGCCCGAGCGGGGCUGAACACACCCCUAUAUCACACUCCACACAGCCGUGGUACACUCACACACACGCCAAACUUUCCCACCGACAGAAGUAACCAAAACUCUCCGUCCCACCAUGGAGUACCCGUACCUGAACACGUCCCUGUACGACUCCUGCAUGAGCAACAUCGACCCUUCCAUCACCAGCUCCUACCCGGACUUCUCCUCCUGCACGCAGCUGCAGGGCUCGCAGGGCUACCAGUACUCCCCGAUACGGAACCACUCCUUCCCGACCACCUGUCCGCCCGGCCCCGCCGCCGCCAACUGCACGCUACCGUCGAUGCGGGACCCGCACCACCAGCCGACUCCGUACACACCAGCGGACGCUUACGGCAGUCUGUGGAACACCUCUAAAGUCGGCGCGCUCAAAGACGAGAGGCACGACUAUAUCACAGUAGCUCAGUACAAGUUGUUUCACGACGGUCCGCCCGGCCUGCACGAGAAGAGGAAACAGCGCCGCAUCAGUGCAACUUUCACUUCGGCACAACUCAAGGAGCUGGAGCGCGUCUUCGCGGAGACUCACUACCCGGACAUCUACACACGCGAGGAGCUGGCGCUCAAGAUAGACCUGACGGAGGCGAGAGUACAGGUUUGGUUCCAGAACCGACGGGCCAAAUUCCGGAAGCAGGAGCGACUCGCCACGGAAGCCAAGGCUAAGGCGAAGAAGGACGCGGAGGAUAAGGCCGGGAAGGGAGACGUCUCCUCGGGAAGCGAGGCGUCGGCGUCUUCGACUCCAGGCACUGCGACCACCUCCGCCGCGGCGCCCACCAUCACCUCGUCUCCUUCCCCGAGCGGGUCGGGGUCUCACGGCGGCUCGGGCUCGCACGGCGGGUCUGCCUGGAACACGCUUCAGCCCAUCACGGCGCCCAGCUCCGACACGCUCCCCCCGGCCGGCGGGCCGUACGCCUCGGUGCUGGGGAACCUCACGGCCGCCGCCGCCGCGGGGAAGGUUACGGGCGAGGAGAGCCCCACCAGGAGCCUGUACUCACCGUGAGCCGGCUGAAGGGAGACUAAACUUCUCUUCGGUAACACUCAAUCUUUCUCUACUCACCGUGAGGAUAGACUACACGUUCUCUUGGUUAUACCUCAUUUCCACUAGAACGGCGCUCUCUCUGCGAUAUAGAAUUUGACAGAUCGCUCAACGAAUUGUAAUAGAGAAGAAACGAUUUUUUC